AUGAUGGUGUGUUGCUUCCAUCCUUCAGUGCAGUGUGUGGUGCUGGACGUGACGUGACGUCAGUGUAGACUUCCCACAAUGCAGGGCUGUCACUGACCACUAUUUUUCUAUAGAUUAGUCCAUUGACUAUUUUUCCAAUUAGUCAAUCAAUCUUAACGAUUAAUGUUCCUCCAGAAAAUCUAAAUGACUCACUAGCACAGUCAGUCUACGUAGAAAGAGCCAGAUUCAGGGCUAAACAUUUGCUCAAACACUUAUUUAAUGUUAAUUCUAAGGCAGAACACGAUUUGAAAAUAAAUAUAUGGCGGUUAAUAUUGACUUUUUUACUUUUUAAUACAUUUGUAGACAUGUCUCAAAUUCUGUUUUGACUUUGUCUUUAUGGAGAAUUGAGGGAAGACCGAUGAGGGAAAAUGGAUUUAAAUUAUUGUGGCAUAAAACUAAAACACUAGUGAAGACGUCUGAAGACUAUCUGAACUCUAAUGGGAGAAUAAACCACAGACUGACUCAUGUGAUUUCCUGUAACUGCAGAGAGGAGGAGCAGAUGAAAGUGUUCAAAGUUCAGGUGUACAGGUGUUCAGAUUUCAGACGCUUUUUUAACUGUCGGAGCAGAAGGAAGGAAACUGAAGACUGAGGCAGACUGACUGAAGUCCUGAAGAUGAGUGUUUGUGUGGAGGAAGAGGAGGACAGAGCAGAGUCUCCAGGAUCCAUCUGUCCGUCUAUGAAGAUAGACCGGUCCAAACAUGACCCUCCAGCCUUCAGUACUGAACCUGGACCCUCAGACUCACAAGGUCAGAACCACAGACUGAGAGCAGAGUCUCCAGGAUCCAUCUGUCCGUCUAUGAAGAGUGGUGGGUCCAAAGAGUUUAACCCUCCAGGCUUCAGUACUGAACCUGGACCCUCAGACUCACAAGAGAGGAAGAGGAGAGGUGUCUCUGUGGAGGAGCAGCCGUCCAGCUGUGCUCUGUGUCAGGACGUCCUGAAGGAUCCAGUCUCUACCAGCUGUGGACACUGGUUCUGCAGAAAGUGCUUCACCUCAUACUGGGACCAGUCUGGUUCUUCAGGAGACUCCUCCUGUCCCCAGUGUGGACAAAGACCCAGAACAAGACCUGGACUGCAGACAGCCAGUCAGACCAGCACUGAACAAACAGAUAGUGGUCUGCAGGAGGUUUUACAUCAACAUAAGAUCAGUCUGAGGAGCAGAUGUGAACGUGUGACUGAAGGAACUGAUGGAACAGGAAGUGGAACCUUCCUCAACAGGAUCUACACUGAGCUCCACAUCACAGAGGGACAGAGUGAAGAGGUUAAUACCCAACAUGAGGUGAGGCAGCUGGAGACAACUUCCAGGAAGAAGACCCUCCAUGAUGCUCCAAUCAGGUGCCACGACAUCUUUAAAGUCUUACCUGACCAACAGAGAGAAGACGUCUCUAAAGUCUCACCUGACCAGCAGAGAGAAGACGUCUCUAAAGUCUUACCUGACCAACAGAGAGAAGACGUCUCUAAAGUCUCACCUGACCAACAGAGAGAAGACGUCUCUAAAGUCUCACCUGACCAGCAGAGACCCAUCAGAGUGGUUCUGACCAACGGCGUCGCUGGCGUUGGAAAAACCUUCUCGGUGCAGAAGUUCUCUCUGGACUGGGCAGAGGGCUUGGAGAACCAAGAUGUCAGUCUGCUGGUUCUGCUUUCGUUCAGGGAGCUGAACCUGAUCAGAGAUCAGCAGUACAGUCUUCUCAGGCUGCUCCAUGUUUUCCAUCCAACAUUACAGAAGGUCACAGCAGAGCAGCUCGCUGUCUGUAAAGUUCUGUUCAUCUUUGACGGCCUGGAUGAAAGCAGACUGUCACUGGAUUUCAACAGCAGGGAGGUUGUGUCUGAUGUCACACAGGAGUCAUCAGUCAACGUGCUGCUGACAAACCUCAUCAGGGGGAAUCUGCUUCCCUCGGCUCUCGUCUGGAUAACUUCCAGACCUGCGGCGGCCAAUCAGAUCCCUCGUACAUGUGUGGACAGGGUAACAGAAGUACGAGGCUUCACUGAUGCCCAGAAGGAGGAGUACUUCAGGAGGAGAUCCAGUGAUGAAGAGCUGUCCAGCAGAAUCAUCUCACACAUCAAGACGUCCAGGAGCCUCCACAUCAUGUGUCAAGUCCCAGUCUUCUGCUGGAUCACUGCUACAGUUCUGGACCACAUGUUGACCACAGACCAGAGAGGAGAGCUGCCCCAGACCCUGACUGACCUGUUCUCACACUUCCUGCUGGUUCAGACACAGAGGAAGAAGAACAAGUACCAUGAGGGACAUGAGACGAGUCCACAGAAGCUGACGGAGGCUGACGGGGAAGUUCUUCUGAAGCUGGGGAGGCUGGCAUUUGAACAUCUGGAGAAAGGAAACAUCAUGUUCUACCAAGAAGACCUGGAGCAGUGUGGUCUUGAUGUCACAGAGGCCUCGGUGUACUCAGGACUUUGUACUGAGAUCUUCAGAAGAGAGAGUGUGAUCUUCCAGAAAACAGUCUACUGCUUUGUUCAUCUGAGCGUUCAGGAGUUUCUGGCUGCAGUCUACAUGUUCCACUGUUACACCAACAGGAAGACAGAGGUCCUGGAGAACUUCCUGUGGAAACAACAUGUUGAUUUAGCCCUGGAUGACUUCCUGAUGGCAGCCAUGGAGAAAUCCCUCAAAAGUAAAAAUGGUCACCUGGACCUGUUUGUUCGCUUCCUUCAUGGCCUCUCUCUGGAGUCCAACCAGAGACUCUUAGGAGGUCUGCUGGGUCAGAGAGAGAACAGUCCAGAAACCAUCCAGAGAGCCAUCAACAACCUGAAGAAGAUGAACAGAGAUGAUAUCUCUCCUGACAGAAGCAUCAACAUCUUCCACUGUCUGACGGAGAUGAAGGAUCACUCAGUUCAUCAGGAGAUCCAAGAGUUCCUGAAGUCAGAGAACAGAUCAGAGAAGAAACUCACUGAGAUCCACUGCUCAGCUCUGGGCUACAUGCUGCAGAUGUCAGAGGAGGUUCUGGAGGAGUUGGACCUGAAGAAGUACAACACAACAUGGGAGGGACGACGGAGACUGAUCCCAGCUGUGAGGAACUGCAGAAAAGCUCGACUUGUUGACUGUGGACUCUCACAGUCUCACUGUGAAGUCGUGGCCUCAGCUCUGAAGUCCAACCCCUCCCAUCUGAGAGAACUGGACCUGAGUAGAAACGACCUGGAGGAUUCAGGAGUGAAGCUUCUGUCUGCUGGACUGGAGAGUCCAAACUGUGGACUGGAGACUCUGGGAUUGGAGGGCUGCAGUUUGUCAGAGAUCAGCUGUUCUUCUCUGGCCUCAGCUCUGAAGUCCAACCCCUCCCACCUGAGACACCUGUACCUGAGUCACAACAAUGACCUGCAGGAUUCAGGAGUGAAGGGUCUGUGUGGUUUUCUGGAGAGUCCAGACUGUCGACUGGAGACUCUGAGAUUGAGGAGCUGCAGUUUGUCAGAUAUCAGCUGUUCUUAUCUGGCCUCAGCUCUGAAGUCCAACCCCUCCCACCUGAGAGAACUGGACCUGAGCUACGCCAACCUGCAGGAUUCAGGGGUGAAGGGUCUGUGUGGUUUUCUGGAGAGUCACGACUGUCGACUGGAGACUCUGAGAUUGUGGAACUGCAGUUUGUCAGAUAUCAGCUGUUCUUCUCUGGCCUCAGCUCUGAAGUCCAACCCCUCCCACCUGAGACACCUGUACCUGAGCAAUAACAACAACCUGCAGGAUUCAGGAGUGAAGGGUCUGUGUGGUUUUCUGGAGAGUCCAGACUGUAGACUGGAGACUCUGAGGUUGAAGAACUGCAGUUUGUCAGAGAUCAGCUGUUCUUCUCUGGCCUCAGCUCUGAAGUCCAACCCCUCCCAUCUGAGAGACCUGGACCUGAGCAACAACAAGCUGCAGGAUUCAGGAGUGAAGGGUCUGUUUGAUCUUGUGAAGAGCCCAGACUGUCGACUGGAGACUCUGAGCUGGAGGUGAUCUGUCUACAGAGAGUGAAGAGGAGAGGAGAGCUUCAUCCAGCAGUGACUGACAGGAAUCAGAAGAAGUGGAGAUGACUCUCAGUGCUGAAACACACACUUCCUGUUUGUGUUGCUCUCAACAGUCUGAGCUUCACAAAGAGGGACUUUCAGUGUAAAAUGACUUUAACUCUGAAGAUGAGUUUGACUCAGACGGUUGAAGCCUCGUGUUCUUCAGCUGAACUUUAGGAGAUAUUAUUGUAGGAGGAACAUGUUGUUGUUAUCCUCCAUCUCUUCAUCAACGCUGUGACCAACAGCUCUGUCAGUGUGUAAAUAGACGUGACGUGUUUUCAGACAGGCUGUCCAUUAUAAUGUAGAGUCAACAAGUAUCAUUGCUUUAAUUCAUCUUUAAUUAACUGCACUUUAAAUCAUCCUUUAUGGUAAAUAAUGUAUUUAUAUUUACUUCCUGUUCUUACAGCCUGAUCUCUGACUGAUGUUUAGUUCACCUGUUUUUAUAGCAGAAUAAUAAUUCAUUGUAAAUUCAAAUGUAACUUUAUUUUAUCACAAUAAAAUCACAGUGAAGGAG